AUGGGAACCGACGAAGAGCAAGUCAUACAUCCCUUCUUCCGACAAGAAUUUGGUGUCUCGGUCAAAUCUACACCCUCGAAUGAGCCAAUCUUGCCUGUGAAUUCCCACGUACACGAUCCUCGACCGAUAAGCAGCCAAAGCUCCACGCACGAGGAGGGGCUUCAGGUCCCGGGGAACUACAAUUCAAAUGUCUCCAACAUAAACAAUGAGAGUUCUGCGGAUCUUGACGAAGACCUGAAUGAACACCGGAGAAAGAGACGAAGAACGAACAAAAUUCAAACAACCGGAUCCACUACCAUUUCCAAUUCAGGUCUGGCAGAAUGGCUCGGUUAUAAUGUGACCAACAAUACGCCUUUAUCAACCGAUAAUCCUCCCGAGACCGAAAUCAAUGUGUCUACACCUCCACCCGACGGUCCGCUGGUGGAGACCCAACUUGUUGAAGAUGAAACUCAAUCAUUGACACCAUCCGAGAACGAGAAACCAAAGGGCCGAGGUGCAAGAACCUCUGCAAGGCAGAAGAUUCUCAAAUUGAAUUCAAAGGGAGGGCUGCUGUCGUCACCCACCUCCAGUCCUCAUCAAGAGGCGAAAAAAAAGGGAAUUACAGGGAAGCGAAGGAAGCCGCGAAAAGCUGAGCGCAAGGUGGUGACGAUAAAGUAUAGUGUUGCCACAGAAAAGAACAUCGGAAAGUUGAUCGAUGAUAUCCAAGAUAGUCGAACCGUUCAAAAGCCCCCUGCCACUAUACCAUCCGUUAAGCCGUGCAAGAAGGAAAGCCAACCCCGAAAGCCCACACACCCGUUUUUCAGCAAGAAAUCAGCACAAAAAUCCGGGCCCGAGAGCUUGAAUGGAUCUCAAUCGGACAAUCCAGAUAGCAGCGUGAGCGUGCCCUCAAGCCAAACUACAGCUGGGGCACCAGAUAAGAAGCGGGUAGUUGCAGCUUCGGGAAGCUCCUUUACUAGCUUUCCCCGUCGUGUUUCUAAGUUUCCCGAACUGCUUGAUCCCCUUUGGCCACCGCAGGAUCUCGUGCACGUUAGAGACGCUCACUCACCUUCAGAUGUUGAUGACCGUAUCUGGCAUACUGCCCAGGACCGAAAAAAAUCGAAGAUUGCAGCUAUCUCAAUUAGAGAUGACGAAAACGUCCUUCUAGCUGGAACGGCUGAAGCAAGCAGGAUCGCCCGCCUGUCUAAACAGGACUACGAUGCCCUGGCUAUUCUUCGACAUCCCAUACGACAUGUUGCCAGCAGUCAAGUCUUGCAUACGGCAAUGGAAAGACAAAUGUCGUGGUCCUCGCCAAACGGCAAAUUUCCUUGGGAUUCUGCUAGUCCCCCUCUUGCCAAACUUCGAUCGGGACUACUCACAUCAGUUUCGGCUUUUGAUUGUGCAACCUACGAACCACAGCUUUGGACACACAAAUACGCCCCCGAGUCAGCUGAAGACGUCCUUCAGCUUGGCCGUGAACCACAGGUGCUUCGAGACUGGCUACGGCAUCUCAAAAUCACAGCAGUGGAUACCGGAAAAUCAUCAAAGGAGAAUACAAAAGCGAAAUUGAAGCGGGAAAGAAAGGCGAAGAAGCGCCAAAAAACCGAUAAACUCGAUGGUUUCAUUGUAUCAAGCGAAGAUGAGAUCUCUGAGAUGGACUGUCUCUCUGGCUCAGAUGAUGAGUUAGCGGGCGGCGUGACCACAACACCUCGAAGGACAGUCGUCCGGUCGGGCGACAUAGCACCUGGUUUACCUGGAGUAGAAAGAAAGAAUCCAAUGUCCAAUGCGAUUCUUCUUAGCGGUCCGGCUGGCUCCGGCAAAACCGCUUCUGUCUAUGCUGUUGCAAAAGAACUUGAUUUCGAAGUUUUCGAGAUAAAUGCUGGAAGCCGACGAAGUGCCCGGGAUAUGCUAGAACGCGUCGGAGAUAUGACGCAAAAUCAUCUUGUUCAUCUCCUCAACGAAUCCGAAAAUUCAACAGACAACAAAGAUUUCGCCAAGCAAAACAAGCUGAAGAGCUUUUUCAAAGGCUCAUCCUCAAAUUCCAGCAAGCCGGUCUCCCGGUCUGGCGAACCUAGCCCUAAGCCUGAAACUGCACCCAAACGCCCCCGGGAGCAAAAACAAUCUUUGAUCCUGCUUGAAGAAGUCGAUAUUCUUUUUGAAGAAGAUCGUCAAUUUUGGAGUGGUGUCCUGACUCUUAUUAGCCAAUCUAAACGGCCCAUCGUCAUCACCUGCAACAAUGAGAGUUUAGUCCCUACCCAGGAUAUGUCCCUUCAUGCCAUACUACGAUACCAAAAGCCUGCUCCCGAAUUCAGCGUCGAUUACUUGCUGUUGGUUGCCGCCAACGAGGGGCAUAUUUUAAAGAGAGAGGCCGUUACCAGACUUUAUCAAGGAUCCGGAUUGGAUCUUCGGAAGUCACUGAUGAAUUUAAACUUCUGGUGCCAGAUGGGUGUUGGUAGCGAGAAAGCGGGUUUGGAUUGGCUACUUCCUAUUUGGCCACCUGGCUCAAACGUGGAUCAUGAUGGGGAUCGACUCCGGGUUCUGAGCCUCAACACAUACGAGCGAUAUAUGGGCUGGCUCAAUCGUGAUAUUAUUGUGGCCCAAGGUUCGUUGGAUGAAGAGACGGAAAUCAUUCACAACAGUCUUCAAUCGUGGGGCCUGAGCCUGCAAGAUUCUGAAGACAUGGCUGGGAAGAAUGAAGUUGAAAUUCUGUCCCCUGGUCAAUUUCAGUCUCUUUCCAAGACAACGCAACUUGACAUGUUGUUCCGGGAAGCAAACUACUAUGAUAUGAGAAGCUCUCUCGACAUCCUUUGCUCCAAUAUUUCCACGGACGCGAGCAAUGAUGCUAUUGAUAUAUCCGCCCCACCACCGCCAGAAGGCUAUAAAUCCAACUAUGUUGACGAUUACCCACUCCUGCACACAGAGCUGCGAACGGAGUAUUCAUCAUUCAGUGAAGCCGUCGGCACUACCUUCGAUGCAUUGAUAAGUAGAACAUUCCGUCCUCCAAAUACCGAGGAUCUGGCAUCUUCAUAUGCGACCCGACUCUUGAACAAAGCCAUCAUUUCUGCAAUGCCCCCGCAGACCCCUCCAUCGACCCUCCCUCAAUUCCAACGCAUCUUUGAACCUAUCAUGCGUGCCAACUAUUCAAACCCUACACCAACCGCCCGCCACGCCCCCUCAUUCGAAAAUGGACUCGCACCGAUCACGGAAGACUUGGCUCCGUAUAUCCGUGGCAUCAUGGUCUUCGACGGCCGCCUCCAGCAAUACCGCGAGAGACUGUUUGCACUCACGGCGCAGGAGAACGGGCGCGGCGAGAAGCGUUCCCGCACGACACGUGCUAGUCGUGCAGCCCUCGAAGGAGGCGACAAAGCCUCAACGCGCAAAGAGAGGUGGUUCGCUACGGACACGCCUUACUACAAAGUGCAAGCCACCGCAGGGCCAGAAUGGCAGAAUGUCUUGUUCCAAAUGGGGUAUUUCCAUGUCCAACCUGCGGUCGAGCCAUCCCCCGAGCGCAGUGACCAAGUCUUGGAGGACCAGGUCAUAGAGAAUGCCGAGUGA